AGUUCCUGUAUUGUUGACCUGUCAGCGUUGUAGUUUAAGCUGUCACAGCUCAAUACCUGCCUGUCCUUCUGCCAACCGCAGUGUUCAGCCCUCCUGCUGUGAGUACCGGGACACCGGGCGCACGGGAUUGAUCCUUCUUGAUGUUAAUUCCGUCGUCAGCUGGCCAGCGCGCUGCGGGCUAAAGUUAGCUAACAGGCUAGACAAGUUGUAGUCGCGUUAGCAGUUAGCUGCGGUUAGCUGCUAGCCGCUAGCUGCUGUAGGAGGGCAGGAAGCCGCCCACUUCUGCAGCGUCUCGGACAAAAGAGUGCACGAUGGAGGCCCAGAGCUCCAGCGGGCUGCUAGUGUCCCGAAAGAGAAGACGAGACGGCUCCAACGGGGAGCCCGAGGACGGAGAACGACUUGGGAAAGUUCCCAGAUGUACUGUGGGACUGAGGCACCCGGCGCCCUUUGCAGACGAGCUGAUGCCAGCUGAUGCCAAGCCUUAUGAGAGAGUCGGCAUGGAGGAGGCCAAGAGGGGCACACCGCCUGACAGACCAGUGCGGGUUUAUGCAGACGGCAUCUUCGAUGUCUUCCACUCAGGACACGCCAGAGCCCUCAUGCAGGCCAAAUGCCUCUUCCCAAACACACACCUCAUUGUUGGAGUAUGCAGCGAUGCCCUGACUCACAAAUACAAGGGCUUCACCGUGAUGAACGAGGACGAGCGGUACGAUGCCGUCAGACACUGCCGCUACGUGGAUGAGGUGGUGCGGAACGCGCCGUGGACGUUAACACCGGAGUUCCUCGCAAAGCAUCGCAUUGACUUUGUGGCCCAUGACGACAUCCCAUACUCCUCAGCGGGCAGCGACGACGUGUACAAGCACAUUAAAGAAGCCGGCAUGUUUGCUCCCACGCAGCGGACAGAGGGCAUCUCCACCUCCGAUAUCAUCACCCGCAUCGUCCGGGAUUACGACGUGUACGUCAGACGCAACCUGCAGCGAGGAUAUACAGCCAAGGAGCUCAACGUCAGCUACAUCAACGAGAAGAAGUACCACCUGCAGGAACGCGUGGACAAGGUGAAGAAGAAGGUGCGCGACGUGGAGGAGAAGAGCAAGGAGUUCGUCCAGAAAGUGGAGGAGAAGAGCAUCGACCUGAUCCAGAAGUGGGAGGAGAAAUCCCGGGAGUUCAUCGGCAACUUCCUGCAGAUGUUUGGGCCCGAGGGAGCUCUGAAGCACAUGCUGAAGGAAGGGAAGGGCCGCAUGCUGCAGGCCAUCAGCCCCCGGCAGAGCCCCAACAGCAGCCCCACCCGCGAGGAGCGCUCCCCCUCCCCCACCUUCCGCCUCCCGUUCUUCUCCAAAACCUCGCCGCCCCCCUCGCCUCCCCCCCACCACAGCGGCGCCCGCGGCUUCCUCAUCAGCGAGGACGACGACGACGACGACAACGACGACGAAGAAGAAGACGAAAACUAGACCUGCUUCGAAACGUCAGUAGAGCUGUGAGGCAGCGUGUUUCAUCCAGCCCCCGUCUCAUUAUUAUUAUUAUGAUUUUUUUUUCCCCCCCUAAAUGAUGGUUUUUACUUUGAGGUUCAGCACUUCAUGGUCACUACAGCAGCUGCUUCUGUUUUUAACUCCCAGCCCUCACCCUCCCCGCCGCUCAUUUCAGUUUGUUUGAAAAGUCAGUUCCUUUUUAUCUCUGUUACUCAUCUCACUUGGGAAUAUUUUCAGGUGUUACUCUCACUGCACUUUCUCGGUUGACCUUGUUCGGAGUUGGGGUUUCGUCCGUGGCUUUAGAGGUGGGGCAUGAAGGUUUUUCGCUCAUGUGUGGAUCAGCAGCUGUAGUUCAGGUGAAGGAGAGCUGAGCCGAGACGCUGAAGAUCAGAGGGACGACUGCCGGCGCAGGGCAGAACAGUGAACUCUUGGAGCGGUCUGCUCGUACUCUGCAGGCACUAAUAUCAAAACGUUUUUUUAAAAAAAAAAGAAAAAAAAAAAGGAAAAAAGAGCAGGGAAACUCCAGAUGAGAGAAAAUCUGGUGUGAGUCUGACUAUAGAUGCAUUAAAGGA